CCUUUUCACGCGCACACGUGCCGCCUCGGACGGUGGUGGCUCGCGAGCACUCAAAGCCCCGCGUGACAGUCCGAAGCGGGCGCGCCGGCAGAAGGUGAGCGCGGAGUGGGGCAAAGUCCAAGCCCGGCCAGGUGAGGCGAGGCCCUCAGCGACUCUCACCUCUUCCACCGGGGAGAAAAGGGGGCGAAUUUGGCGCUGCGUCCUCGCUGUCAGCCGCUCACUCCCCGCGCCGGCCCCGAGAGUCUCCAAUGAGCGCCGCCACCCUGGACAGCCUGGACUCGCUGUCGUGCUACAGGAGCUGGUCCCUGGAGCCCACCAACUUCUACGACGCCAAGGUGGGCGAAGGCGGCGGCGGCGGCGGGCUGAGCCCCUCGUGCAAAGCGGGCAGCAUGAGCGUCGCCGCCGCCACCGCGGUCGAGGAAGUCGGCGGCAUCUCCUCCGGCAGCGACAGCCGCGACUUGGCGGAGCUGAGCGCCGCCGCGCCGGCCAUGUACGAGGACGAGAGCGCCAUCGACUUCAGCUCCUACAUUGACUCCAUGGCGGCCGUGCCCAACUUGGAGCUGUGCAACGACGAGCUCUUCGCCGACCUCUUCAACAGCAACCACAAGGGCGGCGAGCGCGGCGGCGGCGGCGGCGGCGCCUACGGGGACUACCUGCCGCCUCCCCCGCCGCCGGCCCAGCACGCGUCCGGAGGCAGCGCCUUAGCCAGCCUGCUGCACGCCAGCGUCCCGCCCGGCCCGCUUCGGGGUGCCGUCAAGCAGGAGCCUGACUGGGGGGACGAGGCUUCGGGCUCGAGCUCGCUGCUGCCCUCCCAGAUCGCUACCUGCGCCCAAACCAUCGUCAGCUUGAGCGGCCAGCCGACGCCGCCCACCUCUCCGGAGCCGCCGGGCAGCGCGUCGCCGUCGAGCUACAGCAGCCGCUCGUCGGGCUCGUCGUCGUCAGGCGGCAAGGAGCGGACGGGGAAGAAGUGCGUGGACAGGUUCAGCCCGGAGUACCGGCAGCGGCGGGAGCGCAACAACAUUGCCGUGCGCAAGAGCCGCGACAAGGCCAAGCGCCGCAACCAGGAGAUGCAGCAGAAGCUGUUGGAGCUCUCCUCCGAGAACGACAGGCUGCACAAGAAGAUCGACCAGCUCACCCGGGACUUAAGCAGCCUCCGGCACUUCUUCAAGCAGCUGCCCAGCGCCUCGUUCCUGCAGUCCUCGGCCACGGACUGCCGGUAACCGGCUGCAGAGGGCGCCACCACGGCUGACUAUGCAAGAGACUUUGAACGUCUUCAGGAAUACCUCACAGAGAGCCGCACAGACUGCAGCGGGGGCUGCAGGGG